AAGCAAAAGCGUGAGUAUCGAGAUGAGAAGAAACGGGUUACGCAGGAGCGGCUUACAGCAUUACAUGAUCCGACGGUUGUUGUUAUGGCGGAUUGGCUUAAAAUUCGUGGAACUCUGCGAAAAUGGAAUCGCUAUUACUGCGUUUUAAAACCUGGUUUAUUGCUUAUUUAUAAAAGCAACAAAAUUGACAAGCAUGGUUAUUGGAUUGGUACAGUUUUAUUGAACAAUUGUGAGCUAAUUGAGCGUCCAUCAAAAAAAGAUGGCUUUUGCUUCAAGCUCUUUCAUCCGAUGGACCAAAGUAUUUGGGCUUCACGAGGACCAUUGGGUGAAAACCACGGUGCCGUUACACUGCAGCCAAUACCAACAACUUAUCUGAUUUGCAGGGCACCAUCCGAACAGGUAAAAAAUUGUUCCAGUUAUUUUCUAGUUUUGUUUUUUUUCCAGUUAAUUUUCCAGUUUUUUUUGACAUGCAUUUUUUGCAAUGGAUUUUUACCAGUUGAUUUUUGUUCGUUUUAA